AUGAUUGAAUUAAUACCCCGCCACGGAGAUACGCAUUUCGCUAAUAUUCCAUACGGUUAUUAUGCGUUGUGGAUAAGUGCUGCAUUUGUUGUAUUCACUAUUACAAGCCGAUAUGUUUUGAAAAGCAGAAACAGGUCUAGCAGUCCUUUCAGAAGUCUACUGGGAAGAAAAUGGUAUGACGUAUCGCCUGCACUGGGUCUUCUGGCUCUGUAUGUCCCAUUGCUCGUCCCGUUUGUUAGGCAUUACAACAUUUCAGACCACGUGACUCUAUAUUUGAAGCGCUUAGGUAGACUAAGCUACGUGCUAGCGACCUUGAAUCUAUUCAUCACGCUUCGACCCAACCUACUUCUCCCUAAGUUUGUGUAUCUAGAUCUUGUUCCUCUUCACAAAUGGGUCUCGAGAUCGAUAUUCCUCUUGGCACUUUUACACGGCGUUGGAUUCUUGAUAUGGUGGGCAAAAGCUCCGGACGUCUCAAUCGUUGACAAGAGCUUCAAAAAUGUCUGGAAUUUGCUAGGUGUGAUUGUGUUGGGACUUGUUUCUUUGUUGGUCCUGGUUUCCCUAAAGUUCAUGCGCAAAUUUAGCUACCGCACUUUUUAUCUUGUGCACUCAAUUGCCUCUUGGUCAUUUGUUUUCCUGAUUGGCCUGCACGCAAGACCCGGGGUUUUUCUUCCUUACACAUUGAUCAAUACAGGACUAUUUGCCCUACACAUCAUAUCGAAAACGGUGUUUGCUAGGACUGUCGAGAUUUUUAACCCAGGCGAUGAGAACAAAGAAGAUCUCUCUAAACUCGUUCAAAUCUCACUCCCACGACAUGCUAUGCCCGAGUCAUUUACACCAGGAUCUCAUCUUCGAAUCUCGUCUUAUGGCCGGCUCAAUCCUUUAUAUUACCUCCUACCGUCGCAUCCAUAUACGGUCUCGUCUCUACCGGGCGACUCUAACGUGGAUCUCAUAAUAAGAGAACAUCCUAAUGGGUUCCGCUUACAGACGGGAAUUGGAUACACCAUUCAAAAUCACUACGAUUCUCUCUCGUCUAACUGUCUGAAUAAAGCGACGCGAGUAGUACUGGUUUGCGGUGGUAGUGGCAUUUCAUAUGGUCUUCCAAUUUUCCGCUCUUUUGCUUCGGUAGAAAAGAGGGACCAGAUACAGUAUUUGAAGCUCAUUUGGCUAGUAAGGGACAAAGACGACCUCUCAGCGCUCAAAAAUCUUGACCUUGAUGGUCACUUCGCUGAGUUUCACGUAUUUAUUACUUCGUCGCUGCCCAAGGACGAUACUGAUAAUCAUCCGACAGCAGGUGCACCAGCAAGCGAAACACUUUCUGUUGGCGGUACUGAUGAUCUUGAAUUUGAGUUAGAAAGUCUGGCCGAUGAGGUCAACCAAAAUGGGGGUCUAAGACAGUCGAGCGACGUAAACUCAGUGUUGACUGGGUUUGCUUCCAAUAUUCAUAUGGGCAAAAGAUUAGAUUGGGCAACUGAUCUAGCUCAGCUUGUGGAAGGCGAUGCUUUAGAUACUACUUGGCUCAUAACUUGCGGUCCCAAAGGGCUUAACGACGCUGGAAAAGAAUAUGCCAACCAAAAUAUGAUAAAUUUGGCUUGCGAGACCUACGCAUUGUAA